GUUAGCUUGACGUUGGUAAAUCCUCUUUCGUGAGUGGAACGGGGAAUACCGAAGUGCCAUUCAAGCUGAUGUGAUUGACCCCUGCGAAAAUACGGAAGCCCUUUAACCCAAACAGUGUGCGCCGCUGUGUGUUCCAGGCCCUGCUAUGGUGAGCCGCGUUAGCGAUGACGGAUGUGGAGGCGACCUAUGAGGACUUCAUCGCCUCUCGACGGUCCGGCCGCAGGAACGCCAUCCAUGACAUCCAAGCAGCCGCUGGAGGGCAGGGGCCAGCCGACCUGUCGCAGAGCCUGGCGCAGCUCAACAUCAACAAGUCAGGUGAUGAGAGCGAAGAUGCCGAGAAGAGCCAGGACUCUCCAGCUGAAGAAAAGGAGACUCAAGCUGAGGGCAGCUGAGCAGCGACGGGCUGCUGACAUUUGGGAACUCAAACAGCCCCUUCUUCUCGUCCACCUGAUCCCUGAGUGCUAGGCCUCUCUGUCUGGCCGGGUAAAUCUAAUCACUGUGAACAGACACAGCAAAAUCCUCUCCUGCCACCAUCCAGCCAUCAGGAAGUGAUCCCUAUGGCAACCACAGCGCAGUUUCCCUUCUGCACUUGGGGUUGUUCCAGUUUCCUUAAAAAGCCUCCUUUUCUCACUGCCUUCCCGUCAUGGCUGCUGAUGCGGGAUUGGAUGUGAUGCACGACAAACGCAGCGUGACGUCAACAACCACAACCAGCCUUGUGUGACUGACAGUGGUCCUGAGAGGAGUGGAGGGAAAAGAGGCCGCUCAGGGUUUUUGGGGCAAGCUUAAGUGUAUCCACUGAAUUAAAAUUUUGUCUCACCCCCCCACCACCUUCGCCUUGAAUCAAUCUCCACUGAUGUGGCUGAAACUCUUCCAGGGAACUGGGGACAGUGAUUGGAUACCUACUCUUCCUCUGCUCCUCUUACAUCACUCAGUGCUCACUUUUUUUCAGUAUCCCCUUUGGAUCUCGCUCUAUCCAUCUAUUGGACUUUGUGUGAGCUUGCUGGACAUUAUCUCACAACUGCACCCGAGUGUUUUUAACGUGACGCUGAACAUCUGGGUGGAGGGUGGCGUUGUGUGUUUUGUUCAUACUGUCAGGUGACAUAUGGCAGAUUUGCUUGGUACUGCUUAAUUUACGACAUGAACAUUUUGCAAGUUUGUAUGCAGUGAGUCACUGAAUUAAUGAGUUAAACCUUCAUUAUGAGGUUGAUAUUGUAGUUAUUCAGGAACUAAAUCUGUUUGGUUAUAUUAUUGUAUAUCAUAUUUAAAGGUGCAAUAUGUAAAACGUUAAGUUCAGAACAUUCAAAAAUGAAUUUUAAUCAACAGAAUGAUCUCUAUAUGUUGUGUAGAAGAGAUAUCUGCUGAGGUUCACAUGCUAACCAACUAGCCAUGGGUCUGAAAACCUAUUUCUCCCGCUGGCCCAAAUCUCCUGUACAAGCGGUGUAAACACCCACACUCCUGUCAUGGGCCAGCUAGCUGCACGGCUAACUGAGCUAAUGAGCUAACAAGCUACAGACAUGGAUGCAUAAAAUAAAGACAAGAUACUCUGGUGACAUGUUGCCCCUGUUUGAGUGGGGGAUGAAUUCAAGGUGGCCAUUUUUUAUUUAUUAAUUCUAUUUUUUUUUUUUUUUUACAUAUUUCACCUUUAAAAAUUCCACUUGUCUGCAGCUGGCUGGGAAGUCUUGAGCCUUAGUAGAGUGUGAUGGAGAGAUGGACGCUGGAGUGUGUAUGUGUAUGUGUGUGUGCGUGUAUGAGGAUAUGGUUCAAAUGUGGUUUACAGUGGAUAUUGAGAUAAAUGAUUGAUUCCCUGCUGGAAAUUAGGAAAGUUACGGGACUGAUUGUGCUCAAAUACAUUAGUGUGUUAUUUAUCAUGUAUUUGUGAUAUUUGUUUAUAUUAGAGGUAUGUUUAAUACCUCUCUGUGUUACGGGGUGUCCGUGAGAAUGAUGCUGGGAUUGUGCAGACUGCUCAUGACUUUUGCAUUUCCCCUUUCUCUCGUCAGUCAACCUUUUAUUUUUACACCCCCCCCUCUACUGUGAUGGUUGCUAUAAUACACUGCCUGUUCCUGUUGUACCAGUCAAAUUUAUGGAAAUGAUCUCUAAAACUGGGACAACCUGGGAUUCAUAUAACACUGGCACAAUGGUGCAUUGAAAGUAAAGGUGUCGUGGGCUUUUUCUACAUUGUAUUUAGAGGUCCAGAGGAGCUCAUACACUGAAUCAGGUAUCAGUGUGAUUUAAUGACCGGCACUGUUGCACUGCAGGCACCUAGAGCUCCCACGAUCACGUUGUAUCUUCCACGUUGUUACAGCUCAUUCAUGUGUCAUGUCACCCUGUUGUCAGUGACUUUACUAUACAAUGCCCCCAUACUAAGUUUUGUAACCUUUGUAAGUGUUGAUGUGCAAUUAAACCUCACCUGUGAGAAAUGGUAUCGAGUCAGGACAUGCAUGGUGUUCUGUGGACAGAGGAGAGGGCUGAGUAAGAUCAUUGUCUCCCUCUAGUGGAAAUGUUCCACUAAAUGUUAGUAUCUAUUUACUGAUAGUUAAUAGGUCAUUCCUGCUCUAUACUGUUGGAUGGGAUGUAUAUUGUAAAUGUUGACCCAUGUGAUAGGAUUGGUACUCUACAAUCACAGCUUACUAGUUAAAGUAUAACUAGUACAAAACAAGCUAUUUACCCAUUAAGAGGCACAAUGAGGAUAACUCACUUCCUAGUAUGUAGGGCAGCCUCACUGGCCUUACAUCAUUCCUUAGCUACUGGAAGGGAGACUUUGAGGGCGCUUUAUCUGAAUCAGAAUCAGGUUUAUUGCAACAUGGAAUUUGACCCACUGUUCUGGUGCACAACAGUAAACAUCCCACAAUGCAAAAUUGCUCUGGCAGGGUCACAAGCCAUCUAACCCACCUGCACUCUACCCAUCUGUGUCACGUGGGCUCAGUUUUAGUGGAGUUGUCCUUUAAGGAAUCCAGCCAUUCUCAAUUUCGUCAUUUACCUCUAAAUAAUGUAAAAUGAGUAUCGUCUCCAACGUGGAACGGAGAAGAUAGGGACAGCUAUGGUCAUACAGCUGACUGAGAUAUGGCAGUGUCAUGGGCUAUAUGUGUCCCGUGGUCUGGCUACCAGAUCUGGACUUUGAAUCAAUUGCUCACUGCCAAAUGUAAGUAGGUUGUGUGGCUUGUCACUAGGCCAGAGCAAGUUUUGCCAUGUGGGAGAGCGAGUUAAAAAUUUGGGAUUGAUAAAAUGAAAAAACAAGUAAAGAAUUCAAAACUGACAGUUAAGUAUGAUCGAAGAAAUACAUACAAUAUACCUAAUCUCCACUACUGUGAUCUGACUGCACCACUGAUAUUUUCACAUCUGUAGGGAGCACAUGAAGAACACAUUAUUCUAAUCAUUCUAUACAUCUGUUUUUAUUAAGCCUUUCCUGAUUAAAAUAGAUACUGUGAAGUAUAGGCCUAUGUAAUGUAACUGAUAGUAUAGUGCAUGUGCGUAGUUGUACAGGCCUUCAUCACAAAGCUCACAAAGCUGCAAUGUGCCAAAGAUAAAGCAGGAGCAGAUCAAAUGGACUUUGCAUAAGAGUGAACUUACUUAUAUAUACAGGCUAAGAGUGAUAAGACAUGUGUUCACGUGCUUAGCCAACAGAUGAUAAAAUGUACUGAUAGACUCACUUACAGAAAAUAACUAUGAUUGCUUAACUUAACUUCUUUAUCUUAACUUCUUUUGAGUCACCCUAACUCAAGAACUCGAAUACAUCUUCAGCUUGAAUUUCUUUUCUUUCUUUUUUUUUAAUGAAAAGGAGGUGCACAGGUACAAUAAUGACCAAAGCAGUACAAUAGAAUAAUGGAGACUACAUGACAGUAAUAUAUAUAUA